GGUGAUGAGGGAUGGAAGAAAGUCGUCGUAUGCGUAGUUGCUGAUGGUCGUGAACAAAUCGAGCCAAGUUCUUUAGCUUACUUAGCGGCUCUUGGUGUCUAUCAAGAUGGUGUUGCAGUGGACAAAGUGAGAAAUGAGGCCGUUAAUGCUCAUAUAUAUGAGUAUACAACUCAAAUUUCAAUCGACCAUUCUAUGCAAUUUAAAACGCUUGGAGAGGAUUCUGAAGUUGUUCCAGUCCAAGUACUCUUUUGCCUUAAAGAAAAAAAUGCUAAAAAGAUCAACUCUCAUCGAUGGUUCUUUAAUGCCUUUGGUCCAAUUCUUGAACCUAAUAUAUGUGUUCUUAUUGACGUUGGUACCGAACCAG